GCACAAAUAAUCAUGGAGCCGCCAGCUAAGAGGUCGCGGAAACUGCUAGAAGAUGAUUCGUCCAGUGACUCUGAGAAUGAGUCCGGGGGCGUUUCUCUCGGCGAUUCCGGAGCUGGAUUCAAGAUAAACGAAGAAUAUGCACGCCGCUUUGAACACAACAAGAGAAGAGAGGAGCUGCAACAACUUGAGGCCAAACUAGGAAAGUCCGAGGACGAAGAGGAAGAAUCCUCAGACGAUGAAGAAGAAGACGACGAUGCAGAACUGGCUACAGAGGCUGUGGAUGCCGAGAUUAUGGAGACCAUCAAGGCAAUUCGAUCAAAAGACCCGCGGGUAUACGACCAAAACGCGAAAUUCUAUCAUUCUCUCGAGGAAGAUGGCGCGGGACCUCAGAAACGAGAAGAAAAACAGAAACCAAUGACCCUCAGAGACUACCACCGAGAGAACUUACUGAACGGUGCCAAUGUCGCUGAGGAUGAAUCCGGUGCACCUAAGACGUAUGCGCAAGAACAAGAUGAAUUGAAGAGCGCGAUUGUCAAAGAGAUGCACGCCGCCGCCGAUGCAGAAGAGUCUGGAUCCGGCGAGGAAGAUGAAGGAUUUCUUGUCCGGAAAUCAGCACCUGAACAAGCCUCAAAGCACCAGGCCGCUCCUGAGCUAGAUGUUGAGAAUGCGGAUAAAGACCCCGAAACAUUCCUCUCCAACUUCAUGUCAUCCAGAGCUUGGCUACAGCGCGGCAAUUCCCUUCAGCCAUUUGAGUCCGAUGACGAGGAAGAAGAUGAGCGGGCAGAGGCCUGGGAAGAGGCGUACAACUUCCGCUUCGAGGAUCCCGGCAAGCUCAACAACAAGCUAAUUACCCACGCUCGUGAUACAACCAACAAGCAGUCUGUCCGCAGAGAGGAAAAGAGCGCCCGGAAGAAGCUCAGAGAGGCCGCUCGGGCUAAGAAAGAGGAGGAGAAGAAGCAACGUGAAAUGGAAAAGAACCGACUUCGCAAGCUGAAAAUGGCGGAGCUACAGGAGAAGGUCGACAAGAUCAAAGAGGUCGCGGGUCUUCGCGCGUCUGAGCUCACCGAUGAGGACUGGGUCAAAUUCCUGGAUGCCGCCUGGGAUGACAAAAACUGGGAGGAAGAGAUGCAGAAACGGUUCGGUGACAAUUACUACGCAGAGAAUGAUGCUGGCAGCGAGGAUGAAGGGGAUGGUAAGAAGAAAAUACCGAAGAAGCCCACAUGGGAUGACGACAUUGACAUCAACGACCUGGUACCCGACUUUGAGAACGAUGAAAAGCCUGCAGUUGAGUUGUCCGACGUUGAGAUGGAAGAUGUUGAAGAAAGUGGAACCAAGAAGAGCAAGGCUCAGGAAAAGCGAGAUCAGAAACGCGAGGCGCGCAAGGACAAGCUUCGUAUUGAAGAAGCGGUGGACCGCAACCUGGACCUUGACAUUUCACUCCUCCCCGGCGCAACAAAGAGAAGUGACGGUGGCUUCCGCUACCGUGAAACAUCUCCUCAGUCGUUCGGCCUGUCCGCCCUAGACAUUCUGAUGGCUGAUGACGCGCAGCUCAAUCAGUUCGCUGGAUUGAAAAAAUAUGCGGCCUUCCGUGAAGAGGAGAAGAAACAACGGGAUCGAAAGAGACUGGGCAAAAAAGCUCGGUUGAGGCAAUGGCGGAAGGAUACAUUUGGCAGUGAAGAAGGUCCGAGGGAGUUCGUUUUUGGCAACGAGAAGCCUUCUGCGCCCGAGCAGGACGAUACUGCAGAGAAGGUCGAUAUUCGAGAAGGGGAGCCUCGGAGGAAGAAGAGAAAGAGGUCAAAGAAGCAUUGAGGUAGAUUUUAUCUAGUUUGAUAUCCCCAGCCGUUUGUACUUAUGGAAUUUUAAAGUACAUCUAGUCUACUCAAUUCUUACAAUUCACUUGGCUGUUUA